AUGGCGAACGUCUUCGCGGUGCAGAUCUUCUUCAUCGUCUUUCGCGAAUGUCUCGAGGCUGUCAUCGUCGUCUCCGUGCUCCUCUCCUUCUUGGCCCAAUGCCUGGGCCAGCCUGAUCAGGACCAGAAGAUUUAUAAACGGCUGGUGCGGCAGGUAUGGGUGGGAUCACUGGGCGGGGUCGCAGUAUGUCUGAUCAUCGGCGGUGCCUUCAUCGGCGUCUUCUACGGUCUGGGUAAAGACAUCUGGGCUCAGUCCGAGGAUCUCUGGGAGGGCAUCUUCUAUCUCAUUGCCACGAUCAUCAUCACCAUCAUGGGGCUCGCGCUGCUGCGCAUCAACAAGACAAAGGAGAAGUGGAGGGUCAAGAUCGCGAAGGCCCUGGCGGAGAAGAGCCAGAGUCGCAGGACUGGAUCCCGCAUAGGCUCCUGGUCUCGAAGAUACGCCAUGUUUAUACUCCCCUUCAUCACAACUCUUCGUGAGGGCGUCGAGGCCGUCGUGUUUGUGGGCGGCGUGUCUCUGGGCUUGCCCGCCACUGCAUUUCCUCUCCCCGUCGUCUGCGGCUUGGUCGCUGGUCUUACCAUUGGCUGGCUCAUUUACCGCGGGGGAAAUGUUAUGUCUAUCCAACUCUUCCUUAUCGCCUCCACCAGCGUGCUGUACCUCAUCGCCGCCGGCAUGUUCUCCAAGUCCGUCUGGAGUUUACAAUUCCACAUGUUUUCCGCCAAGGUCGGCAGCGACGUCGCCGAGGAAGGCGAUGGCCCAGGCUCGUACGACAUCCGCGAGAGCGUCUGGCACGUCAACUGCUGCAAUCCCGAGAUUGACAAUGGCUGGGACGUCUUUAACGCCAUCCUGGGAUGGCAGAACUCCGCCACUUACGGCUCGGUCAUCUCCUACAACGUAUACUGGAUCGCCAUCAUCUUCUCUGUCGUGUGCAUGCUCUACGAGGAGCGCACCGGCUCGCUUCCGUUGAAGAGAGAGUUGAUUGCCUUCAUGCUGAAGGUUCCGGGCCUGCGCAGCUAUGUGAAGCGGAAACAGGCGGUGUCGAAGGAGGAGGCGGCAGAGAUUGUCCGCCAGGGCCAGGCACAUCUGACGGGUGGGAUUCUCGAGGCGGUUGCGAGCGACACGCGAUAA